UAAAUCACUGCAACCCGCUCCAAUACAGGGGGUCUAUCUGCUGCCACCUUGCAUCUUCCUCAAAAAAGGACCAAAAUAGUCCUAACGCUCUAAGGUUUUGGACUUGACAGACUGCUCUGAGCUUUCCUCCUCCCACCAAAAAAGGGGGUGAAUAAAGGGAAAAAAUCUUUAGAGCAAAUCAACGCAACCUAGCUGGAAGCAUUCUGCAUUAACCCCUAGAGGGGACAAAACAGGAGGGGGGGUGGAUGUGUUAAUACACAAGAACACUGCAUCAAACCAAUGUACUGCUCAGAACGUUAUGCGUCAGCAGUACAUUCACGUUUCAACUGAAGGACAAAAGGAGGAGAGAAAAUAGUCUGUCUUGGCUGCAUGCAACAUCAAAACAUAAAGGAAAAAGAAGAAAGAAGUGUAAUUAGAAAAAGAAGAUGUAGAAAAAAAGCCACUGUAGACAGGCUUUUCCCAUGCCUCUCUUCUUUUUGCUUAUGCUGCUUCACUUCAGUCUAUUGCUGCAGUCCACAGGCUAAAAAGAUGUUAUUAACAGUAACAAAAGACUAAUGCUACAACUCACUACCUCAAAACAAACGAGGAUAAAUCAGGAGCUACAAGGAGUAAAGCUGAGAAGCUGUGUUUGUGGAAUCUUUUAAAACCAAGGGCUCGUCAUACAAAAUACGCUCUUUUUUUUUUUUUUUUAAUGUGUGGGUGUUUUCUUCACCCAUUUCGAGAGAGAGAGAGAGAGAGCACGAGCACUCUCAAGCAACCCUCCUCAACAUUGCUGUGCUCAAAGUCUCUACCCCCCCCCCCCCCCCCCCCCCCAAACCCUGGCCCACCCCCACCCCCCUCCUUUUAGAGAAAUUGACGGAUUAUUGCUAACUGUGCAGGAGGCAGGCUGCAGCUGCUGCAUCUACGGGCUGGAGAGCUAAGCGAGUUUUUAUUUAAAAAAAAAAAGGAAUCUAGUGACUGCAAUGUGCAGCGUUUAGCUGUAACAAUUAAGUGCAGCACAGCAAACCAAGUGGGAAAGAGAAGAGAAGAUUUUCCUUGGAAUGCAAAAGGGGGGUAGAAAUACAGAAGCUGUAGAAAAGAGAAAAGAAAUUUCUACAUACUGCACAGUUCUUUUUUUCUUGGUGACAAUUAUACUACAGCAAUGGAGCUUUGCAGAAAACUGUCUACAGUGUCCAGCAUCUGCUUCCAAGGACAAUCGGUUGGACUACUGAUGACACGACUCUCCAGAGCUGAGGGGGAAUCUGUGCACCUGCGUAGUCUAUUGGGCCUUACAUCUAAACCAACAUCUUUAAAUGCUGCUGCUUCUGGAUUUUACUAGGAGCCAUUUUUGCCAGAUUGUUUUCAUCUUCAUUGUAACUUACUUUGUCAAAUUAGCCUAAAGAAUGGCUGAAGAAGGAAUGUGUUAAAAAAACAAAAAAAAAAAACAUUUACUGAAGGACUUCACAAAACUCUACAGAGCACCUUCCUGCACUGUAGAUGGAAAAAAGAAUCAGAGUCUUGCUUAAACCGGGGUAGGGCCAGUUCUCCAUUCCGUGCCAAAUCCCAGACGAUGUUGAAUUAUGAACGUGCCACAUCAUGAGUCUCUUGUGGCAGGUAACUGUGCACCGUACCUGGAAUGCCGCCCUGCUUUUUGUAGUCUACCUCAUGGUACGAAUGUGGAGUCUGUGUGCAGCUUCCGCCGGACCCCAGAGCUGCCCAGCUGUCUGCUCGUGCAGUAACCAGUUCAGUAAAGUGGUCUGCACUCGCCGCAGCCUCAGGGAGGUCCCUCAAGGCAUCCCCUCAAAUACCCGGUACCUCAACUUGAUGGAGAAUAACAUUCAAAUGAUUCAGGCAGACACCUUCCGACAUCUCCACCACCUGGAAGUACUGCAGCUGGGGAGAAACUCCAUUCGUCAGAUAGAGGUCGGUGCUUUUAAUGGCUUGACAAGUUUGAACACCUUGGAGCUAUUUGAUAAUCGCUUGACAGUUAUACCAAGUGGAGCAUUUGAGUAUUUAUCUAAACUGCGUGAGUUAUGGCUCAGGAAUAACCCCAUUGAGAGUAUACCCUCUUAUGCUUUUAAUCGGGUACCAUCUCUGAUGCGGCUGGAUUUGGGGGAGCUCAAAAAAUUGGAGUAUAUUUCAGAUGGUGCUUUUGAGGGAUUAUACAACUUGAAAUACCUUAACCUUGGAAUGUGUAAUAUUAGGGAAAUGCCAAAUCUCACACCACUGGUUGGACUGGAAGAACUGGAGAUGUCAGAAAACCAUUUUCCUGAAAUUAAACCGGGAUCAUUUCAGGGUCUUAAAUCUCUGAAAAAACUCUGGAUUAUGAACUCUCAAAUCAACUUAAUAGAACGGAAUGCUUUUGAUGACCUUACAGCACUGGUAGAGUUAAAUCUGGCCCACAAUAACCUCACCUCUUUACCCCAUGAUCUUUUUGCACCACUGAGGUAUCUAGUGGAGUUACAUUUGCAUCACAACCCAUGGAACUGUGACUGUGACAUUAUUUGGCUGUCAUGGUGGUUGCGAGAAUAUAUCCCUACCAACUCUACAUGUUGUGGUCGUUGCCAUGCACCACCCCAAGUGAGGGGUAAAUAUUUAGUGGAGAUUGACCAGAGCAGUUUUCAGUGCUCAGCACCUUUUAUUGUGGAUGCACCAAGGGAUGUAAACAUCUCUGAAGAACGAGUGGCUGAACUCAAGUGCCGCACAGCCUCUAUGUCCUCUGUUAGGUGGUUGCUCCCUAAUGGCACAAUAUUAAGUCAUGGUUCAAACCACCCCCGAAUAUCAGUUCUCAAUGAUGGAACAUUAAACUUUUCCAGAAUUUUAUUAACAGACACUGGAACCUACACAUGCAUGGUAACCAAUGUGGCAGGAAAUUCAAAUGCUUCAGCCUAUGUAAAUGUGAGCACUGCUGAGCUUAACACCUCCAACCUGAGCUAUUUCACAACUGUCACUGUGGAGAUUGUAGAACCAACAUCUGAUAACAUGCUACCGAAGAUGAAAGCCGUAACCACGCCUUCUACGGAGUACAAACCAGCAUUUAUUUCCACUCCCACCGUACUUCUACAAAAUACUAAGACACCAAAACAUAUGUCAGUACCAACUGCAAAUGGCACAGACAAGCCGCCUACUAGUUUGGAUGAGGUCAUGAAGACCACCAAAAUAAUCAUUGGCUGCUUUGUGGCGGUCACUCUAUUAGCAGCAGUCAUGCUGAUAGUGUUCUAUAAACUGCGUAAAAGGCACCAGCAGAGGAGCACUGUGGCUGCUGCCAGGACUAUAGAAAUCAUACAAGUAGACGAGGAUGUACCUCCAGCAUCAACAGCAACAAGUAUACCAGGAGAAGGGGCAGUAGUUUUGCCCAAUAUCCACGAUCACAUAAAUUAUAACACCUACAAACCAGCACAUGGGGCUCACUGGACAGAGAACAGCACUGGCAACUCUCUACAUACGGCCAGAACCAUCACCACUAUACCUGAGCCCUACAUAAUUCAAACUCACACCAAGGAGAAGGUACAGGAGACACAGAUUUAACAUUCCCCUCUCCCUUUCCUUAUAGUAAAAUGCAAUAGAAUGCACAAAAAAAGGACAGUAAGUUUUUGUACAGUGUGCAAAAUAAAGACUUUUCUUGUAUAUGCUUAUAUAUAAAAAUAAAUUACUAUGGGCUGAUAAGAGAGGCAGAUUAUAUAAAAAUAAAUUUAAACUAUUUUCUAACUUGUAACUUCUAUUUAAAAAAAGAGAAAGUUAAAGAUUAUGUAAUGACUUUAAGAAAUGAAGGUGAACCUGUUUAAAAGGGCAUUCUGAAAUUUUUAGAUGAUAUUAUUAAGAAUGCAGUAAAUAUCCAUUUAUACAGAGAAGUCUUUCUAAAAGCCCAAAAUCAAUCUUUACAGGUUUAUCUUGUAAAAGCACCAAUAAUUUCUACUGUGCCAAAUGUUAUAAAUGCAAUAAAGGAUUUUUUGGAAAUAAGAAAAUACAUUUUUAUAAACCCAUUUGUUUACAGUAUAGGAAAGAAAUAAUAAAAGCAAACACAGAGAGACGAGCACAGUUAUCUGCCAGAUCGGUUCAGACUGCACCAUAUUUCUGCAGCUACGGUUUAACUCCAUAAUUGCUGGGGAUUUAUUGAAAUAUAUUUAGAUAUUUCCCGUAACAGCUCCCAUCUCCAUUUAAAUUCCCCCCACCCACCACA